GGGUGUCACCUUGCCACGCAGGCAUGGGUGGAUAAUCACUGGGGGUUGAUUCUAUGGAAAUUAGCGGGGAUGGUGUGCUUAGACCCAGAGGCCGAGAAGGACCCGAGAACCCGUAGAUGGUGCUGGGAACAUGUUUUGCAUCAAUUUCUGUAUAGAUACGAGAAAGAACUAGAAGGCGGUGCGCGACCACCGUUUCGACUGAUUGCAGCUCAAGAUACGCCUGCUUCCUUACCAAUGGUCCUCUGUGUGACCAACGUAACCUGGUCCUCAGGUGGUGAGGAUGAGGGUAGUUUGGUGACCGACCAAAUACCGUGGCUGGAACUAACCGACGGAUGGUAUAAACUUCGUGCGGAAGUUGACGGUGCACUAGCAAGGGCCAUCCGGAAGGGGAAGAUCCGGAUUGGCAGGAAAAUAUGCGUGCAGAAUGCUCGACUGUCGUCCGACCACAAAGAGGCUGCCGAAGCACUCGAGGCAUACGAUCGGUGUCACCUUGUCCUAUCGGGGAACUCUUGUCAUCUUGCGCCCUGGCACGAGAAGCUCGGCUUCCGCCAUAGCCCAUCCUUUGUGACGUUAGGAAGCCUGAAUCCGGACGGAGGAAUUGUCACUAUAAUGGAUUUAAAGAUAGUGAAGGUACAUCCCGUAGCAUUUAUUGAAUAUAUAGAAUUAGAGGACGGAAAGAGGCGGAACAUCGGUGGCCAUGACGAGAAAGAGGAGAGGAAGGCUCAGGAGCAGUGGGAGAAACGUCGAGAGGUUAUGGCCAUGAAAUGGCGGGAAGGGUUUGAUAAUAAGAUCCGCACUUUGGAGGGGUAUGCCAGUCGCUUAGAGCAAAAGGCGGGCAGCACCCAGGCCAAGGACGAAGAAGAUGAGACUUACUUGGAGGAUCUUGAAGAAGGAAGCGACUUCACUUCUCUGAUGCGUCGUCUGGACGUGUCUGGGAUGAGACACCUAUGCCGUAUGAUCCAUAGACGUUGUGUCGAUCUGCGUGAGACCUCGCGAGACGAUAUGGAGAAGGACUUGGCAGUGAGUAGCCAAAGUACCUGCGAACCGUCUCUGGUGGAUUGACGAAAGUAUCCAGGAGCAAUGCCCACCACGGAAAGUUAACAAUUUCAAGGUAAUAGUCGCAGAAGACGCCAGAACAUGCAAACGGCGGGCUUACCGGCGAGUCCACAUAACCAUCUGGGAGGCACUGCAUAUGUACUCCGGAGAGGGCGGCGGACUUGGAAUGUUCGCUGUGAACCGACGGUUUUUGGUAACCAACCUCAUCCCCGACAAGCGCACAGCGUGGAUGGACAACGAACCCGGGGCGGAGAUAUAUCUAAAGACCAGACGAGACUCCAGAUGG